CAACGCGUCAUCACAACGCGCCGCUUAUGUUGUCAUUGUACAGACCAGUUUUAGCUUGUGUUUACUGGUAGCACAAUAAUAUGGUACAUUCUCGGCUGCAAGACGGAACAUAAGUUGCAUGUUAUGAAAUAAAACUGCCAGUAAUAUGUCGACUGACAUUAGCAGAUGCCACUGGAAAAAUUACCGCUAAUUUAGCUGCUGUCGCGUUCGUUAUCUGAAAGAUUGUUUAGCCGUUCAGCUUAACUGCUGUCCAGAAAUGAUGCCGCAGAUUUCAGUCAACUACAUUUUAUUAGGCGGACAGUUCUUGCUGCUCUUCACAGUGCUGCUAUUACAGUGUCUAGAAGGGAUUCACUCGCAAAACUCAACCGAGGCACCCGGGAACAGAGUAACGACCAGCAAAACAGUUGUGCUCAGCAAUCAUCGACCAGAAGGAAAUGUGACGAGGAGUGUUACAACGUUACCUGCUGAAAUAUCAAAUCACUCUGAGCAGUAUGAGUACAGCCCUCCAUCAUCUGUCGUCCUCUGUCGAUAUCUACCAAAGGAAUUCAUAUUUUGUCAAGAUCCAGUCGAUCACGGAGGAAAUUUCUCUGCUUUUCAGGAACUGGGCUAUGGAUGUGUAAAGUUUGGCGGUCAAGUGUACAAAGAUGUGAACCAUACCCUGGUGUUAUGUACGGCACUGGAUGGCAUAGAGUGCGCUGGACCACGGGAGUUUCUUAGAGGCAAUGAGCCAUGCAUUAAAUACACAGGACACUACUUCAUCACCACCCUACUGUACUCAUUUUUCCUGGGAUGUUUCGGCGUCGAUCGGUUCUGUCUCGGACACACUGGAACUGCGGUGGGAAAGCUGCUUACCCUGGGCGGUCUUGGCAUCUGGUGGUUUGUGGACCUCAUUCUCCUGAUAACAGGAGGCCUGACCCCCAGCGACAGCAGCAACUGGUGCACUUUCUACUGAUUUAAAGUGGCUGCAUCUGAUUCACCUUUCUCAUGCUCACAAGUUAUGAGUUACACUGUAUGCAUGUGGGCAUACAAUGGGCCUUAUUUGCCAUUAUUAUUUGUAAAAUACUGUUCUCUCUUGUUUCUUUUGCAAAGUGUUUAUGUGAAGCAGUGUUGUAAAUAAAUGUCAUCUUCAAAGAGUAGAACUCUUAAUUGAUAUGUACAUUUUUAUGUUGAUCUGAGUGUAAUCUUUAUUAAACAAACAACAUCAAGUCCUCUCGGAAAUAAGUUUGAUAUUUUCUAAAUGGACUACACUUUUCCGUCUUUGUUCUUUACUGUUGUAUAGUCUUUCUGAACAUGCUCCCAAUUACAAAAUGAUGUUUAAAAUCAAAUCAAGUUUUGGUUUUCAGGACCGGAUUGCAGUCAAACCAGCUGCAGAGAUGAUACAGAUUUUGUUUUAGACUGAAUACCUACAAAGAGCUGUCAACAGACAGAUGUUAUGAAACAGCUUGCAAUUAAAAAUACAUACAAUAAUAGACAGUAGGAAACAUGCAUCCCUAGGCAGAAUUCCCAUGGUUUUUAUCACACACCAUUCAAAAAGCAAUUUGUUGAAAACUGUAAAAAUGGUCUCGUUCAUGUUCCGUGGCUUGCCUGAGUUAUGGAAGUUAUUUAUUUACUGAUGAACUGUUGAAAAAAAAUAGCCACUUUGGGAUAUGUUGCAACUCAUCCAAGUGUAUUACUUUAAAACAACAUGUGCUUGUAAUUCAAUAUUUUUUUUUAUUGAUGUGACAUGUAGUGGGCAGUCAUUUUUACUGCAGCGCCCAGGGAGCAGUUGGUUUGGUGCCUUACUCGAGGUUCUCACCUCAGUCGUGGUAUUGAAGAUGGAAGAGAGCGCUGUACAUUCACUCUGCCAACCUACAAUCCAAGACUCGAACCCAUGACCAAGUUACAAGGUUACAAGUCUGACUCUAACCAUUAGGCCACGACUCCCCCCUUUUGGCUUUGUUAAAAUAAUAUGGGUACAAAGACUUGUUUGACUGGUGCAUGGCAAUGAAAAGGAUUCUAUAAAGUAAGUGCAUGAGGUGUGUGUAUGUUGACCAUGUGAUGGAUUGCAGCCUGACAGAUAAUUGGCUUCAAUGUUUGCAUGCACUACAAUUCUCUAACUCAAAACACAAUGCUUGUUUCUUGAGCAGCAAAUCAGCAUAUUAGAAUGAUUUCUAAAGGAUCACGUGAUACUAAAG